AUGGGAGAUCGAUCACAAAACCUGCGUGGGCUGUUUGCGGAAGCUCAAGCCAAAAGCAGAGAUCUAGAGUCGACGUGGGACACAAAUUCCGCCACUUUUCAAGAAAACCUUUCAAUCACCAUCGACACAUAUGAAGAGUGUCUCGAAGCCGUCGAACGAGUAUCGUUAUUCAGCCCGAAUGAGUCCUUAGAAGAUAUUUCGUCCGGAGACCUACAAUACCUCAAUAUACAUUACCAUCUCGCAGACCUUGUCCAGAAAAUCACAGGUGGUAAUCGUGUGUCUUACUUAUGCCGCGCUCAAACCUCGUACGACAAGUUCCUAAAGCUUCUGGACAACUAUGAUAUGCUGUCUAAGUCUGACUCAAAGCUUUACGAGCAGUAUCAAGAUUCACCAUUAACAUUCUCGCCUGCCCCAUCCGAUGCUGCAAAACGUCGUGAAGCGAAGAUAGCUCGAUUUCGAGAAGAAAAAGAGUUGAAAAGCAAGUUACAACUUCUGAGGCAAAAUCCGACAGCACUGGAGAACGAUGACGAUGCGCUUCGAAAAUUGCAACUUACUCAGAUAGCUUUCCAUGUGCACCAAACUUUUCAGAGCCUUGAAUCCAUUGGACAAGAGCUACAAAUCCUCAAACGUGCACCACAAGCUCCAACUCAACCUGGACAGACAUCAGAUGACCCACGCGAACGCAAUGAUGAUCACAAUGCGUUCUCAGAGCGUUUAGACACAGAUCUUCGCCGACCUCUGGCGGGUUUGACUGGACCAAUCCUGUCAAAAGACGGUAAACCGAUGAGACCAUUCACACUUUUGGACAAGAGGCAAAGACUGCAGGAUGGUGUAUUCCGGCCGGACCACAGUCUGCCAACAAUGACGAUUGAUGAGUACUUGGAGGAAGAGAAGCGAAGAGGGGGGAUGAUCGAAGGAGGGGGGCCUCAGAGCGAGUACAGACCUGAGCCAGACGAGGAUGACCUAGACAAGGCAGAUGCAGAGACAAUGAAAGCCAGACAGUGGGAUGAGUUCAAGGAAGACAACCCAAGGGGAAGUGGAAACACGUUGAAUAUAGGGUAG